AUGUUUGUACAUUUGCACUCGUCACCGUUGGUGGUGCGUCAGUCCAGCUCGUCGUUGGGAAACUCAGUCAAUGCCAAUUGUCAAUAUGGCUCGAACAACGACUUCCAGCCCAUUGAAAUCCUGGAUGUGAAGGAAGAACGACGCUUAUUGCUGCAAUGCUUGCAGGAAUGCGGGAAGCAAAUCCAGUGGCGAAGCGAAGUUGCAGACGUUCACACGUUUCGCAAGGUCGUUUCCCACGGGUGCCGAGCCCUUCACUUUUCAGGGCACGGAGUGCCAGGCAAGGUAAUCUUUGAAAGUGCUACCUGUGAAGCACACUUCUUGUCCCAAGACGAACUGAAAACUCUUCUCUUGGCUGGCGAUCAAUCGCGUCCCGAAAACGCCAUGCGCCUUGUGUUCGUCAGCGCUUGCCACUCGGAGAGUGUCGCUGAAGCUUUUGUCUCCGCUGGUGUGCCCCACGUGGUCGUGGUACCCAAGGAAGACAAAGUGUUGGAUCAAAAGGCCAUGGAAUUUUCCAAAGCGUUUUACACGGCACUUUUGGCGGGGCACAGUGUGUCGAAGUCGUUCGAAAUCGGCCAAGUACAAGCCGAUAUUGUCACCGUCUCCGACACCCACCAGUCGAGAUUUAAGCUACUGGGCACGGGCAACCACGCGACAAGUCACUUGUUCUCAGACCUUCCGCCUGGCAUGUACGAAGAUCUAACGCCACCCCUGCCCAUCAACGAAUGCGACGCCGUCGCGGAAGCGUUCAUCGGCCGGUCGUUGGAAGUGCAUGCUGUGUUCACGGCGCUUGCCGAAGGAGCGCGAAUGGUGUGUCUUGUGGGGGACGCAGGCAUGGGCAAGACAGAAAUCGCAUUGCAAGCGUGCCAAUAUGCGACGGAGAGGCAUCUCUUUGAACGAAUCUUCUUCUUGCGUUGGACGACCAGUGCGACGUCUCUGACGAGCUACGUGCUCGCUCGACUGGCUAAGUGUGUUGGCAUUUCACAGCCACCAACGAAUGACUUGGACGGACUCUGCGAGCUCCUUCGAGGCAAGUUGGACGCCAUCCGACCCGACAAGCGCCUCAAUUUUCUCUUGGUGUUGGAUGGAUGCAACCAUCUAUUUUCAAAACCAAACGAGCGAAAUCAACUGCCUCAGUUCCAGGCUAUCCUUUCCCAGCUGCUGCGGAGGGUUCGAUCGCUGUCUCUGCUCCUUACAAGUACAAACCGUCUUGGCGGCGGAACCGGACUUGACUGCGGCGUCGGAGAACGUAUCAUUUCGAUUGAGCCCAUGCCCCCAUGGGACGCUGCGCUACUAUUUACAGUUCGCGCACCUCGGCGACUUCAAGUCCAUGAAAUGGGCGGUGGACUUGCGCCGUUUGCCAAAAGCAGCAUCAUGGAAGCCCUUGGCGGCCACGCCAGAACUAUCUGUGCAGUUGCCCAGCUACUCGAGAACCAUGACUUGGCCAGAGACGAAGGCGAGUUCUUGCACUAUUUAAUUCCCGCCAUCAUCGCGGGACUCGACCCGGCGUCGAAACAGCACUUUUCCAAUGACUAUUGCCCUCUAUUGCCGUACACAGCGUCGUCGAAAAAGGCCCCCACUCGUCCUCCUGGCGCUAGCCAAACCCACGACGACCUCCAUCACUUGUCUAACCUGCACAUUGAAAGCAAGUUAUCCCCAACUCCCCUGCACCCACCGUCGCUGCAUGCAUCCAUAUCUGUCGCAUCCCAAAUGUCAUCCUCGCCGUUAUCGUCGUCGACCAGUGGAGGUCUGUCGCCCCAGCAGCUGCAGCUCUUUGCCAUUAAGCGUCGCGUGGAAGGCUCGAUUGCCUCUCCUGAGGGUUGCAUGAUUUGGUCCCACGCAGUCGUUGAAUUCAACAAGUCGACACAAAACUCGUCGGCGUUCGAUCUGCGCCACGUCCGUGAGGUUGCGGCAAUCAACGCGGUUCCAUUCGAGUAUCUUGGACAGCAAGUCAGUCGCUUCUUCGCUUCCCAGCUACGCCAAGAGGCCGUCCUUCGGCCGCUGUCUACUCGUUGCAUGGACUUCCUGAGCUCGAGCGAUCGAAUCUGGGGUCGACCUGGCAUGAGCCCAAAUGCUCGGGGUGGCUUUGUCGAUGUCCAAAUGUUUCGUGCGUUUUGGACAUGGUUCGAGCCACUCUUAUCCUGCAUCAAGACGUCACGGUUGUGGGGAUUCAAGCACCCACGCCUGCUCCACGGGUUCAUUUCGAAAUCUUCGUGCCAGAACAUGCUCCGCCCGUGCGUGCCAGGCACGUUCCUCCUUCGUUUUUCAGAGACGAAACCUUCGUGCCUUGUCGUGGUAUUUGUCACGGCCGCCGGCCGCGUCGAAAUGGUUCCGAUCGAGUACAAGCAUUCAUCGCCACGGCAAUUCGAAGUGUAUUUGCACGACAGCAUGUCGAUUGUGUCGUUCCCGACCUUGCACGAGCUCGUGCUCAACGUCCACGUUCUCAAGUACAUCUACCCACAUACCCCCAAGCACGACGUGUUUCAAGUCCCCCACGACGGCGCACCUCGCAGCAGUUAAUCGAUUCUAUCUCGAGUGCAUCUACAACUCAAAUGCUGCGUCGCGGACGCAUCGGAACCCGACCGUGGCCGAUCGAUCAUAGCUCGGAGACAAGAGAAGCCACUUGCC